AUGUCCAUUGACCUCAGCUGGGAAACACUAACCAGCGGUCCAGACGGCGACGCCCUCGCCGAGCGCAUCAGGGGCUUCAUCCACGACAAGUUCCAGACAGUCCCCCUCCCUCGGUUCAUCAAGUCCGUCACCGUCCACGGAUUCGACUUUGGCACCGUACCACCGGAGCUGGAACUAAAAGACAUCACCGACCCGCUUCCCGACUUCUACGACCAGGAGCUGGGCGACGACGAAAGCGACGACGAUUUCGGCAGCGACGACGAGGCAGCGGCGCAUCUCGCCGCCGCGCGGGCCCGGCACGCUCUGGCCGGGACCAAGAAGCGCCGCCCGGGCGGCAUCAGGACCGCGACCGCGCCGAGGAGCGACCUCCUCGCCGGACACGACUUGGGGAGCCCGUUCCUGGGGGCCUCCACCCCGGGCAUCCUGGGCGGCCCGGGACUGAGCUACUUCCAGGGCCAUCUGGGCACGGGCACGCACACACCCCUGGCGGCCGUCGCGGGCGCUCACCUCGGAAACUCGUGGAUGGCGCCCGGCGCCGUCGACGCCUCCGACUUCGCCUACGCCGCAGGCCGUCACAGGAACCCCUCGCAGAGCAGCAUAUCUGUCGACAACCUCUCUGUCAACCUGGAGGGCACGUCGCCGCCGCUGCGGGAAAAGUCUAGCGUCUCCACGCUCGCCCCUACGUCGGUGGGCAUGUCUCGGCCUCCCACGCGGGACACGCACCUCGCUGAUUCGGCUGUCGAGCAAGGCGGUGAUGGCGCCCACGCGGGACUGGACGCGGGCGCCCUCGAUGAUGAACUCGCAGCGCACAGGAGAGAGCCGAGGGUGGAGGACGUCCAGGCCGUCUUCAGGAUAUGCUACGCAGGGGACGUGCGGCUGAAUCUCACGGCGGAGAUAUUGCUGGAUUAUCCCAUGCCGAGCUUCGUCGGUAUCCCGCUGAAGCUGAAUAUCACGGGGCUGUCGUUUGACGGGGUGGGCGUGUUGGCAAAGAUCAGGAAGCGUGUGCAUUUCUGCUUCCUGAGUCCAGAGGAUGCGUUGGCGGCUGUUGGGUCUGUGGACGGGGCGGAGGAUUGCGGCAGCGGAGGUGGAGGGAAGCAAAGCACGAGCAAGAACACUAGGCUCGGGGGCUUGUUGCAGGAAAUGAAAGUUGAGAGUGAGAUUGGCGAGAGGGAAGGCGGGAAACAGAGCCUCAAGAACGUCGGCAAGGUUGAACGGUUUGUGUUGGAGCAAGUCAGGCGCAUAUUUGACGAGGAGUUUGUGUAUCCUAGCUUCUGGACGUUUUUGGUAUGA